AUGCAUUUCUCUGUCCCCAUCCUCGCCACCCUCACCAUGAGCGCUGGCAUAGUAUCAGCCAUCAACCUCCCAUCCACAGCUUGCUUGAAGAUCCCACUCGUCAUCCAGGGCAUCGACUCCGCCCGUUUAAUCGACCAGGCCCAGCAGGAGGUAUGCAGCAAAGGAUGCCAACUCCGGAUGUCCGAGUACGAGACCAACCUGCGUGGCUUCGCCAUUUCCGUCAUCGAGGCCGAAUCCAUCAACAUGGGCACUCCGCAGCUGAACCCCCAGUACAUCAACCUGCUCGACAGCAUGUUCCACCUCGCCGAAGGGGAAUGUGGAGCCGGCGAGCUCGGAGACGCGAACUUGUGCGCCCUGGACGUCGCAAAGGCCAAGUCCAUCGCGCAGUGUGUCAAGGCCAAUACGUGGCGGGUGAUGCUGGACAAUGCCUUGAGCCUGUGGCCGGCGCUUACGACGAAUUGCCAAAAGCAGUAUGACUUCUUCUCGAGCCCGGACUUGUGGGAGGAGAAAGCCCCAGCCUACCUCCGGGAGUUUGCGGAGAAUUGCGAGAGAAGCUGA